AUGACUACGACGCCGCAAGAGGUGCCCCUGCACACCAUCGACCGCACUCCCGAGUAUGACGAGUUUAUGACCAAGCUGAAAGACUUUCACGAAAAACGAGGAACCGUUCUCGACCCAGAACCAAAGGUCGGCUUGAUCUUUCUCGAUCUUUACAAGGUCUUCAACCACAUAGUUGCCAACGGGGGCUACGACAAGGUGUCGGAGGAGAAGCUGGCCUGGCGGCGCAUGGCAUCAGAGCUGGGCUUGCAUUCCAACAACGAGGCCUCCACCGCGUUUUCCCUCAAGGAAAAAUUUUACAAGAACCUGGCCGCGUACGAGAUCAGAACCGUCCACAACAAGGAACCGCCCCCCAAGGAAAUCCUUGAAGACAUCACGGCCAAGGGUGCCGGCUUGCUGACCCGCACUCUGGAGAAUUUCCGGCCAAAGCGCGACAGCAACGUAAACGCCGGAGACUCGGCUGCUUCUGGGGACGACGCAACGCCGACUCGCGAACGAUCGGCUCCCGAAGUGCCCUCCAGCUCUCGUGCUUCUCGUGGACUUCGAGAAGCCCCUCCCCAGCGCGUCAUAUUCCAACCCGAUACGGCUUCGAGCCGUGCCACUAGGCAGACUAGCCAGCAAAACGCCGCCCAAACAGCCUCCCCUGCGCAGAGCAAUCCGCAACCAAGCUCACAUCACGCGACGAUGCCGCCCAUGCCACCCGGCGGUCACCAUGGCCGAGGGCCGUCCAUCAUGCAUCAUCCUUCCAACCCGGACAAUACGUCAAGCCUGGUCUUGUCUUACCAACCGAAACACCUCAAGCCAUUGCAGCUACGAGCUGUCGCGACGCCAAGCAGUGCUCCCGGCGAGUUUCAAAGGCAGCGUCUGGCGCACCGACCUGCUCAUGCUGACCCUGCCAGUCGCCAACCAAUGCAACCAGGCACUGGGUUUGACGGUCCCAACAUCUACACGCGCUGCCUGAACGCUCUACGAUCUGGCGUACCAGCCGAGCAAUCUUUCGCUUUAAAUCAUCUCGUGAAGAUAUCUUUCGAGCGUGGCGACAAGUAUCGAUUCGACGCCUUUCCUGGCCUUGCUGAAGGUCUGGUGGACAAAGCUCUCCAAGUCGGCAGUCUCUUCCACCACGUUUCGUGGUUUGUCUCCUGGGAUCCUUACGCGAGGUCGGGCCAACUUGGCCAACUGGACGGCAACAAUGGGACGUGGGAUAUACUCGAGCAAAUCGGCAGUUUGGUGGAGAAGGAGCAGCCACAUGCUGUUGAGACGGAAGCGUUUGCGGAUGAGAUGAUACUCAUUGCAGAAGCGCUUCUCACGCUCCGAAACAUGGUUACCUUGCCGGAAAACGCGCUCAACAUGUCGGAUUUUUACCCCAUCAAGGACCUUGUCUGCAUCGUCAUGCAUUUACCUGCCCACGAGUCUCUGACCGAGCUCAAGCACAUGGCCCUGGACAUUGCAGAGCAAAUUACGCCGUACAUGGUGCUCGGAUCGCAUGACCCUUUGUACAAGACGUUGCUCGCGCAGCUGGCGUCUGACGACCGUGGCAUCAUCCUGACUGCCUUGCGAGCCCUGGGCCGAAUCUCGAUGAACCUGGAAGCCACCAACACGCUCGGCAACAUGCCCGCCGAAUCCUUGCAGCGCAUCACAAACUGGCUGCUCCUCAACGACGACGAGUUGAUGGACGCCUGCCUGGACCUGCUAUACCAGUACACGGCUGUUGUGGCCAACGUCGGCAACCUUGUCCGCUCCACGAGCCCCGAGAACCUCGUGGACCACCUGGUCAGGCUCCUGGCUCACGGGGCAAAAAGGAUCCCGCGAGACCUGAUUCUGAUUCCCGAGCAAAAGAUUCCUGCGCGGGAGGAAAUCGCGCCCAUGCCCGAAGACCUGCUGCAGCAGAUGCUGAAGCUUGAAGAGCCCGACAGAGUCCACAGAUGGGUCAAGUGCUUUUUCGAGGAGGACGGCGACUCGUUCGUCACCCAGCUGGCCGCGUGGCAAGCCUAUCAGUCCGCCUUCGUGACGCCUCUCAAGGCCAUUGCGCAGCCCAUGAUCACGCCAGCCGACUUUAUCCGGAACAGCACCUCGGUGUACAAGGACUCCAACGCCCAGGUUCUCCGCGAGCCGGGCGAGCCGCAGCAAAAAUUCAUCAUCCACGGAAUCCGCCCCCGGCCUCGCCCCCUCAACUUUGACGGGGAGGAAUACGGCCGUUGCCUGUGGGCCACGCACGCGGGAAAGCAAAACGAAAAAUGCGGCCACUUCUUCAUCCGACCGGAGCAAAUGUGGAGCCACAUUCUGACGAUGCAUCUCGGCGAGCAGAGAAAUGAGGGCGGGCAGUUUGGCAACAGCUGCAAGGAAUACGUUUGCACGUGGGGUCAGUGCAGCAAGUACAGCCGGCCGACCAAGCUGCGCCUACACGACCUUGCGCGCCACAUCAACACCCACAUCAUGUCGUCGCUCUCCAACAACAGCAGCAGCAGCAGCAGCGGCGGCGGCAGCAGAGGCUCGUCAAAGCCCUGGGUGAUUCCUGCGACGGCAAUGACGGUCAUGCUGGAGGAGACGGCAACUGCUCGGGACGAGAGGAAUCCCAACGCGCCCCCCCAAGCAGCAGGGAUUCCCCUCAGCGCGGUCCUGAUACUUCGCAACAUUGCGAGGAACGUUGCCAAGACGGAAGCAGAGGAGGAGCUUGUCAAGUCGCAAGAAAAGAGCGGGUCGGAAAAGGGCGGCUGGAACGAAAGACUUUUCCGGGCGGUUCUGCCGCGGCUGUUUGAGAUUCUUUCCGAGAACAGAACCUUGAGUCCUUAUAUCGCGUCGCUUCUAGAUCUCAUUCGGCCCAAGGUAGACGCAGAAGACAGCGAAAACGGAGAUUACUACUAA